AGGUGCGUGCGGGAACGGCGGCGUCACCGCGCAUGGCAUCGCAAACGGCACAGCUGGUUUCUGCAUGCGACGUGUUGGUGGUGACGCUAACAGCGGCCGCUGCCGUGUACCAUGCGCCCGAGCGGAUGCGUAUCAUAAUCGCUUUUAUGGACACCGUCGCCGAUGUGGAUGAAAGCAUUGGGGCGCAUUUCUCGCGAUCGCGAGAGCGGCGUGUGAUCGGCGUUAUGCUCGCCAUCCUCGUUUUUUUUACGCUGCUUGUUGCCGACGAUUUCUGCUUUUACGCCCUCCAAGCCAAGAAAAUCGACAGGCACUGGGAGGUAGUCCGCAACUACUGUGGGUUCUACCUAUUGUGGUUCGUCGUUAUCGUUCUGGAGUUGCAGUUUGCCUUCACGGCGCUAUCGGUGCGUGCUCGUUUUCGAGCCCUCAAUGAUGCGCUGGCGCUCACGGCCGACCAUCUCUGCCGACCCGGAAACUACUUUCCAGUAGAAAAGACAAACGAUCAGGGGGCGCUGAACGUGUUUGCGUUCCAUGUGUGUGCGCGAAGCCGGCGCAAUACCGCGCCACCCUCCAGGCGAAACCACCUCAUCGUCCGAAGAGAGCGCGGUGGAGGCCGCGGACAACUGGCGGUGCCGGCGGGUGAAGCUUUGGAACGACUUGCAGUGUUGCAAGGCGCACUAUGCGAAGCUUUGCACCGACUGGAUGCCGCCUACGGACUGCCGUUAGCGCUGCUGCUGAUAUCGACACUGAUGCACCUGAUCGUUACGCCCUAUUUCUUCAUAAUGGAGAUCAUCGUAUCGGUGCACCGCAUCCACUUCCUGGUGCUGCAGUUCCUCUGGUGUGCGACGCACGUUUUGCGUAUCCUGGUCGUCGUGGAGCCCUGCCACUACACCAUAACGGAGGUGACCCACGAAGGUUCACUUUGAAUGUCUACGUGGGACCGUUCAGUCAUCUACACGUAUGUGCAGGGUCGUCGCACGGCGGAGCUGGUC